AUGGGGUGGCUGAUCAAAGAGAAGAGAGGCCCUGCUUGGAAACAUGGUUGGACGCAGCAGUCCAUCGCCUCUAUAUCGCCGCCGCCCAUGCCGGUCAUCGCCCUCUUGAGCAUCGUCCUCCUCCUGCUCUGGCUCUCCUUCCGCAUCAACUACACCAGGCAGAUGGAGCGCACGGUCGUCAGCCUGAAGCUCCUCCUCCUGCUCUUGCCCUUGCUCUUGGUCGUCUUGGUGCGCUGGGUCGCCGCCAACAGUGGCCGGCUUGUGAUCCCUCUCCCGGAUGCCGACCAUGACGCCAUGCACCGCGCCAGCCGCACGCCGUGGGGCAUCGCGCUCCUCGUGGGGCUGGUCCUGGUGCUGCUCUCCUACCAGUCGAAUUUGCGCUCCCAGUGGUCUCCUUGGUGGUCGUCUUAUUACCAUCUGUAG